UUGCAAUGUUUGGUCAGCAGCACACAAAUAAAUGCAAUUUAUUGAAGUUCCCGAAAGGAAGAAACUUAACCUUCAUCUUCAUCUCUAGAUCCGGAGUUUUGGCAAGCAUGUGUGUGUGUACCAGUGAGUAAAUAGCUACCGCACAUUUGGAAUUGCGUGCAUGCAUUGUUUUCUUGUUCUCCUCGUGCCAAGAGUUGACCCGAAUUAUCCAUGUUUUUUUGUAUUCCCUACACAGAGAGGUGUCGCAUGCGUUGAAUGCUGAGCUCGAGGGACGUAUGGUUGAUGGAAUCCUAAUAACUCACUGAAACUUCGCAAAAGCACAUUGUUACCCCGAUUUCAUACAAUGGGCGUCGGUUCUUAUAGUAUUUGUCUCUCUCAGGAGCUCAGUCCAUCGCAUCAUCAUCAUCCCUUUCCUGUUGAUCGAUCCUACAUUUGCACAUACAAGAAAAGAAACGUGUUCUUUCUUCUAAGCAAAGCAUUAGAAGAGACCGACUGAAGUGGCAGUGGGAAGCGAGGGCUUCGAUUUUUGGUGAGUGAGAUCUUGUGAUGUGUUGACCGAGCUGGAACGAGUAUUUAUGGUUGGGAGAACCAGGAAGCGCCUCCUCUCCAAUCACCUUCUCCUUCCACCAGCCAUGAGGGACUUCGCCUCAUGUUUCAGCGAGAAUGCUGUGAAGAUCUCCGACGCCUCUUGCUCCGGCAGCAGCAGCGGCGGCUUAGCGCUCGAUGGCACCUCGGUUGUCAGUGCAGUUACCUGUGUCUACGGUGUGCGGCUCUCCACCCUGAAGGAACUCCUCAUCAGGGUCGCCUGGUCCAAGAGCCACGUCGGCCCUGCGCUGUCCAUCGGCAUCGACGACAGUCCCUCGCUUCAUUGCUGGAAGCCCGACGCCAUGAGCUGCCAGCUACUGAGGAAGAAGAAGGGGGCUCGGUCCUACGUUUCCGGGAAGUCCGCCGUCGUCGUCCACUGGGACUUGUCCUCUGCAAGAUACGGGUCGUCAGGCCCCGAACCCAUCGACAACUUCUACGUUGUAGUCAUGGUCAACGCAGAGUUCGGGCUCUUGCUCGGAGACAUGAGCAAGGAGCACAUCAGGAGGUUCGGGGGCACGAUCCCGACAGCAGAGUUCUCCAUGAUCAGCAGAAAAGAACAAGUGCUCGGCCACAGCCGCCACUCGACGACCUCACGGUUCCGCGACGCGGGGAGAGACCACGAGAUCACCGUCAGGUGCAAGGGAGACGGCUGCGACGCCAAGGACUCGGAGCUGUCGGUGUGCAUCGACAGGAAGAGGGUGGUGCAAGUGAGGAAGCUCAGGUGGAACUUUAGGGGGAAUCAGACGGUGUUCGUGGAGGGAUCGCCGGUGGACGUGAUGUGGGACGUGCAUGACUGGUGGUUCGGCAAUCCUUCGGGGUGUGCCAUGUUCAUGUUCCGGACGAGGAGCUCUCCGGAGAGCAGGCUGUGGUCGUCGUCGUCGUCGGAGGAGAUGUCUGGUUUCUCACUUGUGAUCCAAGCCUUCAGGAGCCCAUGAAGGUUUGCUGACGCCACUUCUUUUCUUCUUCUUCUUUCUUGUUGCCAAUGGAUUCUUGGAAUGGAAUUGGAGAGGAGAUGUUGAUCUCAGUUUGACAAAGCUCAAAUUGUGUGUGUGUGUGUGUGUGUGUAAAAGGUGGUACGCAAAAGAUUGUAUGAGGAAGGAUAAA